GGCUCCUGGCUGUCGCAAAAGGUUUCCUUUCCGUUCGGCGUGGAGGUAGGCGAGUUCUAAGGUGCUCGACUCUGUGGCUGGAUCUGCACUGCGAUAAUAAUAACCCGCUCUGGUGCCUCAGCAGACUACAAAUCCCAGGAUUCCGUCAGAUGGAGCCGAUGCAGUUAGAGGCUGCGUCCACACUGGAGAGAUAACCCGGUUUGGCACCGCUUUAACUCUUUCCCCCUAAGUAUUGGAACUCUUUUACUACUUCUGUUCCUUCAUUGUCUGGGUCCUCUGUGGCCAUUGCUUUUGCCUUCUGUAUGUUCAGGAUGCGGGUGGAUAAACAGUGUUGAUGGCGGGUGCCAUUGCUUCCCUCAUUGUGCCUGAGCCCUCUUUUUCAUGGUUUCUCUUGUUCAGUUUCUUUACAGGAAGAAAGCAGCCUCCCAACUGGGCAAGAGGUAUUAGCAGUACGGUCAAUCACAGCAUGGCUGACACAGGUCUAGAGCAGCAUCGGCUGGCUCCCACGGCUGAAGACUUGGCAGAGGACAGUGAAGAGGAGAGGGAAGGGCCUAUGGACGAGAGCAAGGAGGAGGAAGAUGAGAUGUGUCAGGAACCUUGUGAUCAAGAUGGCACCCAAAAUGUUGCCUUGGAGGACAAGGAAGCAGGAAGUGAUGAUGCUCAGCUGGAUCUUUCCAGCCAAGCUGACACCAAAAAGGUUGUGCCUGGCAUUAUUUACCUGGGUCACAUCCCUCCCCGCUUCCGGCCAAGGCAUGUCCGGAACCUGCUAAGCGUCUAUGGUGAAGUGGGGCGCAUUUUCCUGCAGCCUGAAGAACGAUUUAUACGAAAGAAAAAGAAGAAAGCUGGAAGCAAUGCCAAGAAUUUCACAGAAGGCUGGGUGGAAUUCCGAGAUAAGCGUGUGGCCAAGUUGGUUGCUGCCAGUUUGCACAAUACUCCGAUGGGGGUCCGCAGGAAGAGCAAAUUCCACUAUGAUCUCUGGAAUAUGAAGUAUUUGCACCGCUUCAAGUGGACUCACCUGAGCGAGCGGCUUGCAUAUGAACGGCAGGUACGGCAGCAGCGAAUGCGUGCUGAAGUUUCCCAAGCCAAGCGUGAGACUAAUUUCUACCUGCAGAAUGUGGAGAAGAGCAAACACUUCACAGCGAAGGGCAGUCAGGGAGUGCAAGAGGAAAAGAGCUGGGGCUUUGUCCAGCGGCGUACUGAAGAUGAAAUCCAGACCAGUAAAGGGAAGAAACGUCUGAAGCAGCAGCUGGCCCGUGCUGCUGAGAUACAGCAGAAAUCUCAGUCAAACAGUUCCCUGUUGAGCAAGAUCUUCAAUAUCCAGCAGUAGUGAUGCUUCACUGGAAUCCAGGACUUGUUCCCCAUUCUGGUCUAGCCUUUGGCAGCUAUAUUUUGACAAGUUCAGCAGACUUAGGUCUACCAUCAAUCCUAUGGGAAAUAAAAAUUCUCAUGUUGUGCUUAGCACAUCUUAUGGAUAUAUAGUGGAUCUAAAUGUACUGAUGUUUCUGCUGUGAAGAGCCCCGCUUUAGAGAGGUGUACAGUGCUGAGCAAUGAUCAGCAUUAAAUAAUUCCCUUGUGGGGAUAUGGCAAGAGUUGACUCCUUUGGUCCUCCCUUUGGUGCCUUGAGUUGCGCCAUCUUAAAGGCCUAUGAACCAGUCCCUGCAGUGGAGGUGUGUGCUAUGGGGUAAGGCAGAUGACUGAAAGGGAGUUGAAAUUUGUUGGGAAUCUAUUUGCUAAUAUAAGCUAUAGUACAGUUCUCUAUAAAUCAGGGGAUGGGGUUAAAUAAAAAGGCUGAAGUUCCUUUCUCAGUGUUCAGUGUAGUUUGUAAAAUAUGAAGAUCCUCAUCUUUACCUCUGUUUGGAACUCUUAUCCAAAAUACUAUUAAAUGGGCAAUGUCAAGCAGCAAUUAUAGGUGCUAUGAAGGUGGUAAUAUUAAAUGAAUAUGUGUCACUGGAUGUUUCAGACAAAAAGCAGGAGUAUCAUGUAUAUUAAAGACAUAAGACUAAAGCAGGAGUAUUAUGUAGAUUGCAAUGAGCAUUGUCAGGCUAAGAGAGUACAGUGGACCCUUGUUAUACGCUGGGGUUUGGUUCCAAGAUCGCCCGUGGAUAACAAAAUCCAUGGAUGCUCAAGUCCCAUUAAAUAUAAUGGCAUAGAAAAAUUGUGUCCCUUAUAAAAAAUGGAAAAUCAAGGUUUGAUACUUGAAAUUUAUACUUUUUAAAAACAUUUUCAAACCAUGUAUGCCUGAAUCCGUGUAUAAGAAGGGCCGACUGUAUUUCCCCCCUAAAAUUAUUGUAUUGAGUUCAGGAUUGCUUAUCUUUCUAAAAGCUUGUCCAAAGCCUGUGAUUAAUUUUUGACUGGAAUUACUUCUAGAUAUUUCCUUUAAAUUUUAUUUUACAAAUUAAAUUCUACAAAAUC